CUUGUAUAGACUGAAAUUACAUAUAUUUUCACUAGAAUUACUCAAAACAGCCGAUAUUCAUGCUACCAAACCGCUUUAAAUAUUGGCUUUUUAAAAUCAUUGUUUGGACUUCGGAUAGAAGGCUCUCGAGAGGCAGAGAGGAUGGAUAAAGAACGCAGAUUGUAGAACGCAAAAGAAAGAACCAUCUCUUUCCAGAAAUUUCGACACGUUAUACUCUUCGCCCACCUCUUCCUUUUUAGCAAUGAUGAUAGAUAUACAUGACACUUCCUUAAAUUUGGAGCAUGGCCGAACUUGAAACCUGGUAAUUUACUAAUUAUAUACUCAAGUGAUCAACUCAAGCUCAAAGCAUAUCCUCUUGUUUCAUUAGUCCGUAGUGUACGACACCACUAUGCAAGCUUGGUUGUCCACCGCCGCUGCCGCCAUGGCGAAGCUAAAUCGUCCCAUGUUUUUCAUGAUUCCUAAAAAUCAGUACUUCCUGCCGCAAAGAUUCGUUUCUGCCUCAGUUGGAAGAACAGCUGAUCCUAAUGUUCACGCCGGUGAUCUUGAUGGCGAUAAUGCAGCAGAGGCGAAAAAAGCGGAAACAGCGAAGGGGGAAUCUGAAAUUAAACCCCCUGGCAUCGGGAAAUCGCCGUUCUCUUCUUCCAAAUCCCCUUGCGGAUCCACGCCGAAGAUAGGAAGCCCAGGCGUGAGCGAUCCGGUUGAGCCUAACCUGCAACAGAAGCGCCGCAAUUCCGAUGCCGCAAAAGAAGCGCCGCCAAUAGACGACGUUAGUUGCACGGGGCUUGACGGCGGCCCGUGGCCGGAUGAGGCGACGGAUAGGCGCCAUCAAGAAGAAGACGACAAGGAAUUCUUCAAGCACCACAAGGCGUCGCCGCUGUCCGAGAUAAAACUUGCUGACACGAGGAAACCGGUUUCACGAGCCACCGAUUCUGGCGGUGGGGGAGCUGCGGAUGGGGUGGUGACGUGGCGGCCGGAGCAGCUGGAUACGGCGGAGGGUUCGCUGCUACGAGCCAUGGAGGUGUGGAAAUGGAACGCAAUGAGAGGUGAUCCGGAUUCCCCUCACGGGAAGGUUCUUCGUGAGCUUAAAGGGGAAAAUUGGUGAUCGGGUCUCAGCCCAAAACGGGCCGGGCGUCAUAAUUAAAAUCGAAGUUAUUGUACAUUCUUUCUUUCCUUGCUAAUGACUCUUAUCUACCUCCAAUGGUUUGAAAAUGACUAUCAAAUGUUGUUUAAAAAACUACUCCGUAUCAAAUCAAAUAUUGAUGUUAU